GGAGCUUACCUCUGUGUCUGUGAGGGUAGGUAUCUGUGCUUUCCUCCUCUCCCUUCCUCUCCCUGCCUCUCCCUGCCUCAGCCUCCCUGCCUCGUCACUCCUCCUCUCCCUCCCCUCGCUACAAUAACAAGUCGCGGAAUUUGUACCCGCCGCAGUAAGGAGAAUGGCGUCUCGUGGGUCUGUGCUGCUGCUGGUGCUGGCCACUUUUCUGGGCGAUGUAAGGGGCCACGGACGCAUGAUGGAACCGCCCGCCCGCAACGCUAUGUGGAGGUUUGGCUUUCCGAACCCCGUGAACUACAACGACAAUGAACUGUACUGCGGUGGUUUCGCGAUCCACUACGGGAAGAACAAUGGCAAGUGUGGCGUGUGUGGGGACGACUACCGUGACAAGGUGCCGAGGGACCACGAGGCGGGCGGCACGUAUGGCAACGGCAUCGUCACUAAGCGUUACAUAUCUGGCCAGGUGAUCGACAUUGAGGCUGAACUGACCACCAACCACUGGGGUUACAUGGAGAUCAAGUUAUGCCCACACAAUGACCCGUCCAUGGAGGUCACCCAGGAGUGCCUUGACCAGUACGCGUUGCCCAUUGAGGGGACCACGGAGACGCGCUUCGUGAUCCCCCAAGAGAGCUCGAAGACGGAGACCUUCAGGUGGCGCGUCAAGCUGCCGGACGGGGUCACCUGCACCAACUGUGUCGUGCAGUGGAAGUACUUUGCAGGCAACACGUGGGGCCUCUCCUCGAAUGGCAGCGGGGCGGUGGGCUACGGACCGCAGGAGACAUUCAUCAACUGCGCAGACGUGACCAUCAACACCAACAUCCCCACUGGCGUGUUCCCCGCUGACGCCUUCGUGGACAACCCGUGGCAGCUGUUCUUCAGGGGCAGCUACCCUGGGGUGAACUCGAAGAAGACUAAGCCUGGACCCGGUGGCCUCACCCCGCUUGUCGUCAGGAGCCAGCUGUGCAUUCCCGUGGGCCACAUGCGGCGCUUGGAGCACAUGGCGGAUUGGUGCAUGAGAAACUGCCUCAUGUAUCCACCCAACUGCGACCGCGCCUACUGCAAGUGUGUGUACGAGUGCGAGGCUGUGGGUGACUUCAAGAAGCAGAAGUAUGCGGACCGUUACUGCCACCAGGAAUGUCUCAAGUACCCGUCCAACUGCUCCGAGACGCUGUGCCACUGCUUCUGAAUCUGAAAUGAACCGCUCUCUGAACCUUGUGAACCACCACCACUGCACCACCGCACUGCCACCACACCGUCACGCCACCAGUUAUUCAGUCACCCAGCCAGUCUCUAAUCUUACAGUUACUGCUGCUGAACCAGAAAUGAACCGCUAUCCGAAUCUUAGAACCACUGCAACCGCACAACCAAAUAUUUUACAGUUAAUAUCAUAAAUCUUUGUUUACGUGAUUUUCUUUUUCUUUUUUUCUUUUUUUUUUUUUGAAGAGCAGAGCGCCAUUACUUUUCUUAUUAUUAUUACUUUUUAAUCUUUUUAUUUAUACGACUUGCUUUUUGUUGGAUUACGAAGUGGUUUGAUUCGCUGAGGCUUGGUGUAGAUCCGUCAGCUGCUUCCUGUGUGUGUGUGUGUGUGCGUGUGUGUGUGUGCUUGUUGAGGAGCAGAUCUUGUUAACAAUGAGAGUAAGUUAUGCUUUUAUUGUUAUAUUAUCUUUUUUUUUUAUAUAUAAAUUAUUACGUGUUUUGUUUUUAGUGUGGCUGUCUGACUAGCAGGCUGGCUGGUUGGCCGAUUGGUUGAUUGACUGAUUGACUGGUUAGUUGACUGGUUGACUGGCUAGUUGACUGAAUGGAUGGCUGGUUGGCUGACUGACUGGCUGGAUGGCUGGCUGGAUGGCUGACUGGAUGGCUGGCUGGAUGGCUGGCUGACUGAGAGAUGGAUUGACUGACUGGCUGGAUGGCUGGAUGGCUGAAUGGAUGGCUGGCUGGCUGGGGAAGGUGUUUGCAAGGUGAAUGAACGGGGAAGGUGUUAAGUGUUGUGUGUGUGUAUGUGUGUGUGUGUGUGUGUGUGUGUGUGUUGUUUGCAUUGAUUUUUUGUUUUUAAUUCUUUAGUUGUUUAGUUUGUUUGUUGUUAAGUUGUAGAUUUUAGUGGUUUGUUUAUUACUUUGUUUGCUUUUGUUUGUUUUUAUUCGAUUGUUCCUGCAUUGCAUUUGUUUUAUUUGGUAUUUAUUUACUUAUUUAUUUAUUUAUCUGCCCAUCUAUCUACCUAUCUAUUUAUCUCUUAUUAGUGUCUGUUAUGCAGGUGGCAGAUUGAUGACUUCAAUAUACACCACCUGCAUGUG